UCCAGAUGUGAUACUCCCCCCCGUUAAUGCAGCGAGCAGAAGAUGUGCUCCAGAUGCGAAGGCCUCUGCUGUCUUGCCAUUGGCUGAGGCAUAGCAACCGCUGGUUUCCAUUGGCCGAAAGGCGGUGCGGGAGCGGAGGUGAUUGGACGAGCGGUGCUCCCACCUCUCUGGCCGGCGACUCCGGGCAGGCAAGUAAGUGCGGCUGGGGCCGGCUGGUGUCGAUGCUCGUGGCGUGAGCGCUCGCGCUCGCGCUGGGCGGUUCCCCCGGCUCUGGAGCCCUGUUGGCCGGGCCGCAGCCCGAAGGCGACGCGCUGCCUCAGGCCGGGGCGCGGGAGCAGCAGGCGGCGGCGGAGCGGAGAGGCCGGGCCAUGGCGAGCGGCGGGGCCGAGUGCGCCCGGCUCCAGGCGAACGGGGCGGGCACGGAGCUGGAGGCCGAGGCUGUCUACACGCAGGAGGAGUCCGAGAGCAGCAGCCGGCGCUGGGGAGCCCAGCACGUCGGGGCGCGGGAGCUGGCGGAGCUCUACUCCCCAGGGAAAAGACUGCAAGAAUGGAUCAGUGUCAUCUUAUGCUUCUGUCUGAUCUCUUUCAACUUCUACAAUCUCCUCUCCUACUUGAGCCUGGACCAUACUCUCUCAGUUAUUGUUGGGAUAUUUGCAGGAGUUAUUACUGCUGACUUUCUGUCGGGAUUAGUGCACUGGGGAGCAGACACCUGGGGAUCUGUGGAGCUGCCCAUAGUUGGAAAGGCUUUCAUCAGACCUUUUAGAGAACAUCACAUUGACCCCACAGCAAUUACUAGACAUGAUUUUAUAGAGACCAAUGGAGAUAACUGCAUGAUGACACUACUGCCAUUGGCAAACAUGGCCUACAAGUUUGUUUCUCUUUCCCCAGAAGCACUGUACCAAACAUGCCCUUGGGAGUGUUAUGUCUUUGCCCUGGCUAUCUUUGUAACCUUGACAAACCAAAUUCACAAAUGGUCUCAUACGUACUUUGGUCUUCCUUGCUGGGUCAUCUUUCUGCAGGACUGGCAUGUUAUCCUGCCACGGAAACACCAUCGAAUCCAUCAUGUGUCUCCCCAUGAGACUUAUUUUUGUAUUACCACAGCCCUUGCAUGUCCACACACCUGUGCUUCUCUUGGGUUUCCUCCUCUCUGCCUGCUGCUGCUUUCCCUGCACUCAUCAACUCCUGGGGGAAGAAAAUUUGAGAGUUGGCUGAACUAUCCAUUAGAGAAGAUUGGAUUUUGGAGAUGCUUGGAGAAUAUUAUCCAAGGAGUGACUGGGCAAAAGCCUAGAGCAGAUGACAUGAAGUGGGCCCAGAAAGUUAAAUAAAACUCUUACCAGCCUUCUACAGUUCUUAUCUUUGUUGCCAACCUUUUAAAAAAAAAAAAAAAGCCAUCAGCCAAAUGCAAGACUUGCAAAGAAAUAACAGACUAAAGCACAAGCUAAAAAGUGCUAACAUCGACUGCAAUUAAAAACUCAUUCUUCUUCAAACAAUACUUGAAAUGCGAAUGGUUACUUUUCCGUUUGUACUGAGCACCUUUCUUUAGCCAUGUCUGCUGAUGUUUUAGAAAAUAUUUCAUCACUGAGUCUCAUAAAAACCGUCAGGUGAGCCAGAGAGGAAGACGAUGCACCAUCACUUCUAAUACAUUGGUGGCACAGUAAACAUGUGUUGUAUCAACAUUAUUUAACUUUUAAAAGUAGCUUGUUGUCUAAGACCAAUAUGGAGAAUAGUGAAGAUAACUUGUCACGGCAUUUCAAGAAAUCCCAUCCAGAUAUGCUGCAUGAAAACAGCAUGUCAGAGUGAUGGAAGCCAAUAAAAUUGUCACAGUUUGUGCGUUUAGUGGUUGAUAAAUCUGUCAAUUCCAUCUUUACUAUUGUGUUAAGUCUUGUUAACGUGGUGUGGAGCAGACUUUGAAAUCUUGACUUGAUCAAUAGGCAAAGAAUUAAGUGUUUUCAGUUUCCCUUAAAAUAAAUCUGUUCAAAUUUUUAUGAGGCAUUUGAACCAACCAUUUAUGUAUAAGCAUUCAAUUUUACAUGAAUAAAUGUCUGAGUAUCUGGAGGGCACGUUGUAUAUGUGUACCCCACAUGCUUGCAUUAAUUGAUUCAGAGUGCUCACUGAUGGGAUCUUGCCGGUAUGUGUUUCCUGUUCCAAUAAUCAAUGUUUAAAGUAGUUGUAGCAUUGAGCACAUCUGCAAAUUGUUGUCUUUUGAGAGCAAAAGACAUCAGAUUUUGUGUCUUUAGCACGGAAAUGUUAAUGGUGUUUUUUUAAGGUGCUUGUUGGUUUCUGUAAAUAAUAUAAAGCCUUAAUCUAUUCUGGUGUAACAUGGAAUAAUAUUUUAACGUGAUGUUCUAAAUGUAUAUAAUUUAUAACAGCAGUUGGAUAAUACUAAUCACAUUUGUUAA